CGAUCUUAAUGGACUUCGCCAUAUUCUCAAUUGGGGGUAAGACAUUUAGUGAAAUGUGGAAGUGAUAGCUAGUGGUAACAAAAAAAUCAUUGUUUUUCUGGAAAAUUUUGAGGUGACUAGGUGCAUUUGAAAUAUUAGGUGUGUGUACUGGUAAUAUAGUGUUUUUGAGAUGCCACUUCAGAAAAAAAGAAAAAAUAUCAUAUUUAUUAAACAGUUCCGGUUAUUUAGUGAAAAUGUUUAGUUGUGGUUAAAAGCCCGAUUUGUUUACAUCUGAAAUAGUUUCUGAUGCUUUAGUCAUCUCUUCUGGAUGAAGGAUGUGGCUGUUUUCUUAUAUUUGUUAACUUUCUUCCAUUUUCUAAAUCGUAAUUUAGUGUGACAAUGUCUGGCCGACCCCCUGAAGAAUUAGCAGCGGAGUUGGAUGCCAUAUUUCUUGAUAGAUCUACUGGAAAAAAUGAUAUAUCUAUUUCUGUUGAAACCCUCGUGGAUGCAUUAGUAGUUUUAUAUGACGAAUGCUGUAACUCAUCUUUAAGGCGGGAAAAGACUGUAUCUAAUUUCAUUGAAUAUGUAAAACCUGUGGUGGAACAUAUUAAAAGUUUACGACUUAGCCGAGAUGAUUUUGAAGUUUUAAAAGUUAUUGGCAGAGGAGCUUUUGGUGAAGUUGCAGUAGUGAAGCAUAAAACAACAGGGAAAGUUUAUGCAAUGAAAAUCCUUAAUAAAUGGGAAAUGUUAAAAAGAGCUGAGACUGCAUGCUUCCAAGAAGAAAGGGAUGUUUUAGUGUAUGGAGAUAAAAGGUGGAUUACUAAUCUUCAUUUUGCUUUUCAAGAUGACAAUAAUUUAUAUUUUCUAAUGGACUACUAUUGUGGUGGAGACCUUUUGACACUUUUGGUUAAAUUUGAGGACAGAUUACCAGAAGACAUGGCUAAGUUUUAUAUUGUAGAAAUGAUCUUAGCUAUUCAUUCCAUUCAUAAAUUGGGUUAUGUGCAUCGGGAUAUCAAGCCCGACAAUGUCCUUUUAGAUGCAUCUGGCCAUAUUCGAUUAGCUGAUUUUGGGUCGUGCUUAAAACUCUUGGAAGAUGGUUCUGUACAAUCAAAUGUAGCCGUAGGUACUCCAGAUUAUAUAUCUCCAGAAAUAUUGCGGGCUAUGGAAGAUGGGCAAGGAAAGUAUGGACCUGAAUGUGAUUGGUGGUCAUUGGGUGUAUGCAUGUAUGAAAUGUUGUUUGGAGAAACUCCAUUUUAUGCUGAAUCAUUAGUUGAAACAUAUGGCAAAAUUAUGAACCAUAAGAAUUGUUUCGACUUUCCUGAUGAUCCUACAAUUAGUGUUUCUGAAGAUGCCAAAGACUUGAUGAGAAAGUUAAUAUGCUCUUCUGAGUGUAGAUUAGGACAGAACGGCCUUGAGGAUUUUAAAAGUCAUCCAUGGUUUAGUGAUGUAGAUUGGGAAAAUGCUAGAAAUAUUGCUGCCCCAUACAUUCCUGAAGUCAGUAGCCCAACAGAUACUUCAAAUUUUGAUGUAGAUGAGAGUGAUUUAAAACAGUCUGAAUCUGUGCCACCAACAACCAAUUCUGUGUUUUCAGGACUACAUCUACCUUUUAUAGGUUUUACAUAUACUAGUGGAAGUAAAAUAUCAGAUUUAGGUUUCUACAAAUUUGCUAAUGCUGUCUGUGAUAUUAUCGAUGGUGUUCCGAACUCAUAUUUAGAAAAGAAAGUGGAGGAUUUAGAGAAGGAAAAAAGUGACCUUGUAAAAAUAGUAAAAGAAAUGUCAAAUACGGUACAAAAAAGCAUAGACGAGGAUGGUCUAAGCAUAAAGAGUCCAUCUGAAGUUGAAGUUAGAAAACUCCAAGAUGAAGUAAACACUCUUAGGAAAAAGGCAUUAGAAUUAGAAAAGGAACUGCAAAAGCAUCGUACUGAUCAUCGUAGAAUUUUGACUGCAAAACAAGAUUUAGAAUCUAUACAAGAUGAGAAGUUAUCACGUAUUAAAGAAUUAGAGAAAAAUCUGAAAGUUAUAAAGGCUGAAAAGGAUGACUUACACAAAGAAGUUAUUGAAUGCCAAGAAAAGCUAAAAUUACAAUCAAAAGAAUUAAAAGAUGCAUUACUACAAAGGAAAUCCGCUAUGGCUGAGUAUACAGAAAUAAGUGAUAAGCUUUCUGAAGUUCGUGCUCUAAAACAGAAAUUAUCAAGGCAGUUGCGAGAUAAAGAAGAAGAACUCGAAAAUGCUUUGCAAAAGAUUGAUACAUUUCGACAAGAUAUGAGAAAAGCUGAUAAAUUAAGAAGAGAGUUGGAAAUCCGAUUCGAAGACUGUAAGUCUGAUUUAGUUAAAGAACAAAGAUUACGAGAGCGAAUGGAAGAAAAUGUUCAUCGCUUGGAAACUGAAAUAGAAUCUUUGAAAAGAAGGCACGUAGGAAGAGCCUUUUCUCCUGAGCAGACAGAAAAUAACCAAGAAUUGAGCAGGUUGAAAACAGAAUUGGAAAAUUUGACUAUGCAGCAUAAAGAAGCACUUACUCAGUUACAACUCAGACACACUGCAGAAAUUACUGCUUUGACAGAACAGCUGCAAGAAGCUGAAGCUUCUAAGUCAAAAGCAGAGAAAGAAGUUGCUUUUUUCAAAGAUAAAGUAGAACAAGUUCGAGCAGAGAGUGCAUCUGAACAUCAAGAGGUUCUUAAAGAGCUGAAAAGAGCCCAUGAGCGAGAUAAAGCAAUCUUACAAGAUGAAUUGAAGAAAGUAACUGAUGACCUAGAGAAGUUGACAAAAGCUUUUCACAAAGUGGAUGAGGAAAAGAAAAGAUUGGAGACUGAUUUUAUUCAGAUUAGGGACAAGAAAGAAUCUAUCAAUCAAUGGGAAGCUCAAAUAAGUGAAAUCAUUCAGUGGGUAAGUGACGAAAAAGAUGCAAGAGGUUAUCUUCAAGCAUUAGCUACUAAAAUGACAGAAGAAUUAGAUGCUUUAAAAAUGACUGGUGUGCCCCCAACAUCAACAGUGGAAAAGAACUGGAAGAACCGUAGGUCUCAGAAGCUAGAUAAAAUGGAGUUGCUUAAUCUUCAGUCCAGCCUGCAGAGUGAAAUACAAGCUAAACAAGCUAUAAGCCAAGAGCUGAGUAAAGUUCGUGCUGAGCUUGUAGCUGAGCAAAAGGAGCAUAAAGAUUGCUUGCAAAAAAUAGAAUUUUACAAGAGGGAUCUUUUAAAGAAAGAAGCACAAAUUAAAGAGCUUCAGCAUAGAAUUGAUUCAGGUGAUAGUUCUGCUGAUCUUGUGGAACUUCAAUGUCAGAAUGUUCUUGACCGACCAUCAUCGAGGAUGUCUUUUCUUGAUCAAUUUUUGAAAGACACAUCUCAAAGACUAGCACAUAGUGACAGUGGAGAAUCUGCUGGUGCAGGGGAUGAAGCUGAUGUUGAAGACAAUCAGCCUGCUUCAGGUGCAAGCAGCAAAUCUACAGCUUCAGAAGCUAGUGCUGAAAAUUUCACAUUUUCACCUGUUAUAGAUUCACGGCCAGUUAUUAACUUGUUAAGUCCUAAGCCUAAGGCACAUCAGUUCCUAAUUAGGAGUUUUCCGUCACCAAUUAAGUGUAACCAUUGUACGUCUCUCAUGAUUGGCCUCUGCAGGCAAGGGGCAGUCUGUGAAGUUUGUGGUUUUGCAUGUCAUGUUAUGUGUCAAGAAAAGGUUCCAGCUGUGUGUCCUGUUCCUUCUGACCAAAUCAAAAGACCUGUAGGCAUAGAUCCAACUCGUGGCAUAGGUACAGCAUAUGAAGGCUAUGUAAAGGUUCCUAAGCCUGGUGGUGUUAAAAAAGGGUGGAUGCGUCAGUUUGUAGUUGUCUGUGAUUUUAAAUUGUUUCUAUAUGAUCUGGCUCAAGAUAAAAGUACUCAACCUAACACAUGGAUAUCUCAGGUUUUAGAUAUGAGAGAUGAAGAAUUUUCUGUUAGUUCUGUUUUAGAAUCUGAUGUUAUUCAUGCAAAUAAAAAAGAUAUUCCAUGCAUAUUUCGGGUAACUACUUCAAUGUUGAAUCCUCCUGGGAUCAAAAAUCAUACUCUAAUGUUAGUUGAAAAAGAAAGUGAAAAAUGCAAAUGGGUUGAUGCUUUAAAUGAACUUCAUCGAAUUCUUCGUCGAAAUAAGCUUUCAUCCCGAUCCGUGUUCCAAGCUAAAGAAAUUCUUGAUAAUACAUUAACUGUUAUAAAAAAUGCUACAUCUGCUGCAGUAAUUGAUCCAGAAAGAAUCGCUUUAGGAACUGAAGAAGGAUUAUAUUGUGUAGAUUUAGAUAGAGAAGAAAUAGCUCGUAUUGGUGAUGGCAAAAAAGUCAGUCAGCUAGAAUACAUUGCUGAAGAACAACUGUUACUUGCCGUUGCUGGUAAACAGCGUUUCUUGAGGUUGAUACCAGUUGGUGCGUUGGAUGGCCAAGAUGUUGAGUGGACUAAAGUUCCAGAGACUAAAGGCUGCAUCACAUUUUGUACAAUGUGUAUCCAUAAUGGCAAUUCAACUUUAUAUUUAUUUUGUACAGCCAUUAAAAAGCAGGUUUUAGUAUAUGAAGUAAAUCGAACAAAAGGCCGACAUCAUAGGAGGAAGGAAAUUUGUCUACCAGUUCCAGCUCAUACUCUAGAUGUCAUUGGGAAUAGACUCUGUGUUGGUUUGCCAUCAGCAUUUCAUUUAUAUUCAGUAUUGGAUGAUAGUCCUCCGAUUUCUCUUGUUAACACAGACUGUAAUGAUCUUUCAUUCCUCACGCACAAUCUUAUGGAUCCUUUUCUUGCAGUAGAGUUGCCAAAUAAUGAAUACCUAUUAGUUUUUUCACAAUUAGGAGUUUAUGUAGAUGGAUUUGGUAGGAAAAGUAGAGAAAAAGAAUUAAUGUUUCCUGCACCUCCUGAAGCUGUUAGUUUCACAGAUGGAUACUUAAAUGUGUAUAGUGAAACGCAUGUUGACGUGUUUGAUGCUGCAAGUGGGGAAUGGCUACAGACACUAAAUGUUAAAAAGACUAAACCAUUGUGUCGCAAUGGAGUAUUAUGUUUCUCGCUUGCCACUGACUUACCACACAUAAUUUACCUGCACAACGUCUUGCAUCGUUCCAACAGAGUUUGUGUUCCUGAUACAUCUGCACAUCCAGUAAAAAGCAGACAAAGUAAAGCUAUGCUUAACAGAGUUCGUAGGCGGUUUUCUGUUAGAGAACCGGACAGAGCAGGAAAAGGAAAUGUUGACAGAAGGUCUAGACUGAUUUCUGGUCCUACAAAUUUUAACCAUAUUUCUCAUAUGGGACCUGGCGUUGGUAUUCAGUUGCAGAAAUUGGUAGAUUUACCUCAGUAUAAACAAAAUUCAUUACCUCAGGAUGACAAAAGCAAAAGUUUAUUUUUGUCAGGGAAGUUGACUAACCAGCGUCCAGUUGUUUCAAUGCCAGUUAUUUCUCCAGAUGGUUCUGUUUCUUCCCAAGAACAUUCGUCCCAGAGUGCUAGUUUUUAUACUGCUGGUUCAGGCCAGAGUUCAUCUGGACAUCGUGAGGUACCUGAUCAAUCCAGUCCUCGUAAUUCAAUAGCAUCAAAUAAUAGUUCUCUUCUUAGUUCCCCUCCUAGUCCUCAGAUUAAAAGAGGUGAAGAAAAAGAUCAAGGAUCAUCUAGUUGUGAAUCCUAGAACAUAACUUCAGUGAUUUAUUUUAUAGCAUGAUAGCCUGAUUUAUUUAGCGAGUUACCACAUGCAAACAACUAGCAAGAAGAAAAUUACUUUGCUGUUUAUACGUUACACUUUAUUAAAUGUGAAAAUGAAGAUCAAAUGCAUACUUUCCUGGGAAUCUGUGUCUCAGCUUUUCCAUACGAGUACCUCAUAGUUGCUCAGUAAGCAAUAGCAGAAAAUUCUCAUUAUAUAUUCAAAUGAUUUCUCAUGUGCAGAACAUUUAAAAUACAUCACUCAUUUAAAGAUUUACUAUUUAAAUAUUAUAGCUGAUGAAAGAACUUUACAUGUUUUUUCAAUUAAUUCUGUGUUCCAUGUCCUAAUAUGUCCUGACACUUGCUCUUUAUUCUACUUAAAACUACUUUGAUUAGAUACAGAAAAGUGAAACUUAACUCAGCAAAGUGAAAUGAAGCAAAGAACGAUUGAUUAUAAAAUUGGUAUUAGUGAGAGAUGUCAUUUUUUAUUAAAAAUGUCCCCAGAAAUUUUUUUAUGUCUCUUUGUGUGCCUUCGUUCUGAUCACAUCACAAGGUAUGCUUCGUGUUGUGCCAGAAUAUUUCUACGGUUUUGCAGAUCUACGUAAAGCCAGCUCUUCCAUGUGUUUGUCAUCAUUGUGUUGAAACUGUUACAUUACGGCGGACACAACAUUCAUUUUUAUAAAUCCCUUCUUCAUCAUUAUAAUGAUGGCUUACAAAGUGAUCUAAUCCAUGAUUAAGGUACUUGAGUAUCUUGUGACAUUUAUCAAUCUACCUUUACUUAAGCAUUUGGACUGUCAGAUGCAAACACUAGUCUAUAUUUUAUAUACCUUUGUAGACGUUGUGUGACAUGAUGCAUAGCGAUGUACGUGCAUUGUGCCGUUCCUAGUCUUUGUCGCUGCUUUUCUAUUCUUUUUUAGCACAAAAUAUUCCAUGCAUAAAUUUUUUACUAUGGAAAAUAAAAGUAGAAUUUCUUGUUUUUAAAAAAAGUUUUCUUUUUAUUUUCUGUUUUUAUAUUUAAUUAUUGGUUGUUAAGAGUUGAAUAUUGUUUCUGUUAAUAUAUUAAUAUAUCUAGCAUGUAAAUAAAGUAAAAUAGAAUAGGUUUUGUUUACAAUGUAAAUGAUUAUUUGGACUUCUAAUGCUCACUUUUGAAAUAACUGAAUGAAAGUCUGAUGACUUGGAAAGCAAUAAUAAGAGAUUGAGAAAUUGUCAUGUAAGUGUGGUAUUCAUCAAUUACAAUCACUCAUUUUCAAGAAGUAUAAACAGUGUGUUUCUGAACGUAUUGAAAGCUUCUUUUGUAAGCUAUAACUAUGCAUAUGGAAUCAUAUAUAUUAGUAUAAUAAAAGUUUGAUUUUUAAAAAUGCAUUUAAAAAUUCAAAAUUAAAUUUAUGCUAUGCAAUUUUUGAAUUAAUAUUGCCACUGAAUUUAUAUAUAAAAUUCAUUCAUUAUUUACAUUGAAAAUAUAAUACAACUAUAUGUGGUUCUUUAACUUUGAAUAAUGUGUAACUAUUAUUUGUAAAGUUGUUUUAUAGUAUACUUUUAAAGAGCAAUAGUUUUGAAUACAUUGAUAUUUAAAAUUUUUCUAAAAAAAUGCUUGAUUUAUAUAACAAAGAGUUACAUCUUGCCGUCCUACCAUUACUAUUGUGAAUUAUUUUGUGAAAUUUUUCUAAUGUCUAAGUAAUGGAUCUAAAAAGAAAAAUGAUAAAAAUAGUUGUUUUUCACUUUUGUACCACAUGUAGAAUUCGAGUGCCUCAUGAAAAUAAUUUGAAUGUUAAAAGAAUUUUUUAUUGUCAUAAGAUUUCCAUGUCAUUGUUAAAUUUACAAUUCAGUGUAAAAAAUUUUGAUAUAUAUUUCAACAAUAGCUUAAGGUAAUUAUUUCAAGAAUCAAAAUGUUUAUUUUCAUUGUUCAUUUGUAAUUCUGUGUUAAUGGAAUAAUUACUUUAUAUUUAUAUGUAUUAUAUCAUCAUUUUAUAGUUUUAUUAUUACAUUUCUUCAUUCAGCACUUGAGAAUUAAAGUAUAUUUAUUUAUCUCAAUUUGUGUAUUUAAUCUUGCAUGCCAUUAUAUAUGUGUUGCCUAAUGUUCCAUGAUUGAAAAGAUGUUUUUUAGGUAUUAUACAUUAUGGCUUGCAAUCAGUUGUGAUUUCUUUCAAUGUAUCAGAGAAAUUAUUCAAAUUAUUGUUAAUUUAAAACUGUACUGUAGUAUGUGUGUUGUAAAUGGGAAAAAAAAUUGUUAUAGAUAUUAUAAUUUGCUGGAAAGUGCUGUCUUUUGUAGUGAGAUGAAAUAAGUGUCUGGCUUGUUUAAUACAAAAGGUUUUAAAUGGAAAUUAUGCUGUAAUAAUUACAAAGCAAUUUUUUUUAAAGAUUUUCCAUUUGUAUUUUGUGUUGAAUUUCACUUUGUAGUGCUUAAAAUUUUCUCAGUUUUUCCUAGGUUGUCUGGUAAAUUUUAAAACAAAAAUAUAGAAAUGCAAAAUAUAGAAACUUUAUAAAACUGUUAGAUUUUAUAAAGUUUGUAAAAAGAAAAUUUUUAUCAGGAAACUUUCAAAAAUUUUUCAUUGAAUAUAUGAAAUAGAUAUUUGAUAACCUAUUUUUAAAUAUAUCAAAAUCUAAGCAUUACAUAUGUAUUUCUAUUAGAAACUGAUUAUUUGUAUAGCAUUUUUUUAACUAUAUGAAUCAUAACAUUUUGAAAGUAACUCAAUUAUGGUGACAGAAUAUUAUCUUCAAUUUUAAUAUUUAUUCCAGUUAAGUAUAGAAACAUUCGUUGUUCAAAAAUUUUACUAGAAAAUCUGCUAAUCUUUUGAAGAACAUGUGAACAAAAAAUUUUUAUUCUGGCCAGUGAUUAAAAGAUACUUUGAGCACAUUGUAUUAGAUAUACUUGCAGUAUAUUUAAUACAAUAGCAUUAAAUAUACUUGCAGUAUAUUUAAUCUUCUGUAUGCUAUUUUUUAUUAGUAUCUUGUGACUUUUUUUAUAUGGCUCAAAUAAACCCAAAACAUGCUAAAUAUAAAAGCCUUUGCGUCUUCUUGUAUGUAAAAACUCAUUUAAUACGCAUCAAUUUUGAAACCUUAAUGAAACUUGGGUUAAAUAAAUUGAACAGUAUAUUUUGAAGUCUUUUUUUUUUCCCUCUUUCAUUUUAUAUAUAUUAAUUAUGUGUAAUAAAAGUAAUGAUAAUAAUUAAUCCAUAUCAUUUCUUAAUUCUGUGAUGCUCAUAUUGAAUGAAUUUGAUUAGUGGUAUGCAAAUUAUGUGAAGAGAAGCUUGUAAUUACAAGGUGGCUGUAGAAGUGGUGUAGCAGUUUUCAUAAGAUUUAUUCUUAAAAUCUUAAUUUCUGUGUUUUUAGCAUAUUUGUUUUCCUAAAGGAUUUACCAUCAAAUUACUAAAUCCUGCUAUGUUUGAACUAUUUUGCCAGUUCUGUGUAGACUCAUGUCUGCCAAAAGUUUUGUAUUAGGUGACUCCUGUUCUUUGGUUUUCAUUCUAAACAUAGGUUUGAAUCAAAAGGCUUUUCUAAUCUCUUUAUUGAAAGUAUAUAUUAAAAUAUUAAUGUAUUUAUUUUUUUAUAUUAAAAUGAAAUUUUGUCGUAAA